AUGAUAUUCGAUAAAUUCAAGGUGAGUGCUCUUGCGAAGUUUUGGGAGGUCAUUGUUAGUAAGCUCAAGUUGCCGGUGCCUGGUGAGUUGUUCAGCAAUGACAUGGUCAUGACAAGAUCGUAUAAUAUAAUGCGCGAGGAAAUUCAAGGUCAGAAGUUGGAUAUCUUGAUGUAUUUCUCGGUGAAGGAUAGCAGGGAUCAAAUGGAGGGUCUAUGGGAAGCUAGUAAUGGUGAUGAUUUGACCUUCAAAGAUAUUGAAGCUGAUGUUAAGAGGGCUAGUACCACUAGGUAUCAGAGUUUACCAUUUAUUAUUAAUUUUGUUGGUAGAUUUAAUUAUUUGGUGAGUACUUGUGGUUAUGUCUUUGGAGAGUAUAUGAUUCUUUAUUUCAUUGAUAAAAAUUUUAAGUCUAGGUCUUUGUAUGAUGCUCGCGAACGUUCUAGGAAACCACCCAAGGUGAAGGUGUCAGCACACCAAUACAUCAUAAUGAUGUUUGCUGCGUUCCAUAACCGUGAUUUUUUAGGUUACUUUUACAGAAGUUUCCAUCAUUGCCUAGAGUCAAAUGUUUUAGUCACUGGCUGA